AUGCUGAAUUGAUCACAUAUUAUUUGUUGUUAAGUUGAUCUUCAUAGAAACAUUUAAUUUAGGGAUCAUUUUCAUGUGCCAAGUAUCUCUUUUAUCCUGCUCUGACAAAUUGUUUGCUUUUUUCUCAAGGUAUCAGAUACACACAGGGCUUCAACAUUCAAUCAUAAGACCUACCCAACCCAACUGUUUACCUCUGGACAACGCAACCCUACCUCAGAAGCUGAAAGAGGUUGGCUACUCAACCCAUAUGGUUGGAAAAUGGCACUUGGGUUUUUACAGAAAAGAAUGCAUGCCCACCAAGAGAGGAUUUGAUACCUUUUUUGGCUCCCUUCUUGGAAGUGGUGAUUACUAUACACACUACAAAUGUGACAGUCCUGGGAUGUGUGGCUACGAUUUAUAUGAAAAUGACAAUGUUGCCUGGGAUUAUGACAAUGGCAUAUACUCCACACAGAUGUACACUCAGAGAGUGCAGCAAAUCUUAGCUUCCCAUAGCCCCACAAAGCCUAUAUUCUUAUAUAUUGCCUAUCAAGCUGUUCACUCACCUCUGCAAGCCCCAGGCAGGUAUUUUGAACACUACCGAUCUAUUGUCAACAUAAACAGGAGGAGGUAUGCUGCCAUGCUCUCCUGCUUGGAUGAAGCAAUAAACAAUGUGACCCUGGCUCUGAAGACCUAUGGUUUCUAUAACAACAGCAUUAUCAUUUACUCUUCAGAUAAUGGUGGCCAGCCCAUGGCAGGAGGAAGUAACUGGCCUCUCAGAGGUAGCAAAGGAACAUAUUGGGAAGGAGGGAUCCGAGCUAUUGGCUUUGUGCAUAGUCCACUUUUGAAAAACAAGGGGACAGUGUGUAAGGAACUUGUGCACAUUACUGACUGGUACCCCACUCUGAUCUCACUGGCUGAAGGACAGAUUGAUGAAAACAUUCAGCUAGACGGUUAUGACAUCUGGGAGACCAUAAGUGAAGGUCUUCGUUCACCCCGAGUGGAUAUUUUGCACAACAUUGACCCCAUUUACACCAAAGCAAAAAAUGGCUCCUUGGCAGCAGGCUAUGGGAUCUGGAACACUGCAAUUCAGUCCGCCAUUAGGGUGCAGCACUGGAAGUUGCUCACCGGAAAUCCUGGCUAUGGUGACUGGGUUCCCCCUCAGUCUUUCAGCAACCUAGGGCCAAACCGAUGGCACAAUGAGCGGAUUACCUUGUCAACUGGCAAAAGUAUAUGGCUUUUCAACAUCACAGCUGACCCAUAUGAGAGAGUAGACCUAUCUAGCAGGUAUCCAGGAAUUGUGAAGAAACUCUUAAAGAGGCUCUCACAGUUCAACAAGACCGCAGUGCCUGUCAGGUACCCCCCUAAAGACCCCAGAAGUAACCCUCGGCUCAAUGGAGGAGUCUGGGGACCAUGGUAUAAAGAGGAAAACAAGAAAAAGAAAGUGAGUAAAAAUAAGGCUGAGAAAAAGAAAAAGAAAAGCAAGACAAAGAAGAAGCAACAGCCAAAAGCUCGCUCAUUUCCACAUUGUCGUGCAGGUGUUACUCGUGGCUAA